AUGGAGGUAGACCCGGUAGCUGGCGAGCAGGCUCUCCUCAGCUCUGACUCAGUGGCCGAUACCCAGACCAAGGACGAGACGACCGACCCAACCCAGCGCAAGACGGAAGAUAUCCUAGAAGCAUGCAAGUGGAGGAAUAUCGAGGCUCUCAAGGGUCUUGCCGGCACUAGAGGCGGUUUCCUUACCGACACUUUGCGCAGGAAAGCUUGGCCGAUAGUCCUAGGUCCUGCAGAGAACGAGAGUUCUGGAGAUACUGUUGCAGAAGAGAAAGAUGAGAAGCCUUCUUGGAAAGACUUGCCGCGCCAUGGAGACGAAGAUCAGGUUGCGCUCGACGUCAACCGAGCCUUCAUCUACUACCCGAACCACCAGAACGACACCGAACUCGAAAAGAACAAGAGCGAACUAUCGGAUCUUAUUGUCGAGGUCCUCCGCCGCUACCCAUACCUUUGCUACUUCCAAGGCUACCAUGACAUCUGUCAAGUCUUCAUGCUGGUUCUCGAGCCGCCAUGGCGCGCCCGGCUGGUCUCGCGCCUCUCGGUGCUCCGUAUACGAGACUUUAUGCUCACGAACCUCGAACCGACCGUGGCCCAGCUGCGCCUUAUUCCCGAUAUCCUCCAGGCGGCGGACCCGAAGCUCAAGCGCCACCUUGCCGGCACGGAGCCCUUCUACGCCCUCGCUGGGACGCUGACAAUGUACGCCCACGACAUCCAGGCGUACGGCGAUAUCGCCCGCCUCUUUGACAUCCUCCUCGUCCGCGAGCCAGUCUUUAGCGUCUACAUGUUCGCCCAGAUUGUUCUCAACCGCCGCGACGAGCUAUUCGACAACGACGAGGAAGACCCCUCCAUGUUGCACCUCAUCCUCUCCAAGGUCCCGCAGAAGAUGGACCUCGAGUCGCUCAUUGCCGGUGCUACCGCGUUGUACGAGCGAUACCCGCCCGAGUCGCUGUCUGCCUGGCGCAAAAUAUCAAAGGCGAGCUCUCUCAAGACGGCGCGGUCCGUCGAGGCCUGCGCCAAUCAGACGAUGGACGAGGGGCACGCGUACUUUCAGAGACAGCUGGCCGAGCUCAAGGCUCUGGAACGCCGGCAGAAACUCAUGAGGGUGCUGUGGGCGUACAGAAAGGGCGCCGCCGCCGCGGGACUGGCCGUCGUCGUCGGCCUCGUGGCGGUCUAUCUGGGCCGUCGGAACCCCAGCCCCGUGUUUGCCCUGGCAGAGUUGUACAACAAAUGGACAAACGGGACGAACUGGACGCAUAACUUUUAG